AUGCCUCCCCCCGGCCCUCCCUCCAACAGCGACUGUGAUGACUGUAGUCAUUGCGGCUUGCAACAAGACUGCGAGCAAUUCCAGUCGCAAUAUGAUGAGCAAGCACACCAAUGCGAGCCUCAGACGAACGAGAGCGGCCCCCGUCCCCCGCGGCACCGGCCGCCGCUUCAACCCGGACAGAGCCGUUUUGUUGAAGGGUCCAUGAACGACCGCGUUUCAACCGCUCCUCCUCCCGACUUUCUCGGUGACGGGGUUAUGUGCGACUAUGAUGCUGAACUCAACGCUGCUCUGGCCUUAGGGAGCCGCAGCAGCAAGAGCGAUAAACACAAGCUGCGACGUCCCAAGAGUGUCGCAAUCUGCUGGUCCAGCGGCGGUCGCCAGCAGGUCCACAAGAAGACGAGCUCGCUCUCUCUGCUUUGGGGUGCAGCGCGCGAGAAGUUCGGUCUAGCAGGCUUGGGUGGGCUAAGGGGGAGUAAAUCAUCUGGAAGCAUUGGGCGGAUGGUGGGUGUGGUCAGCGGCAGCGGCAACGGCAACGGCAAUGGCAGUAAGGAGAAAGAGAAAGACGUCGGGAAAGCGAAGGCUUCCCUUAUCGGAGACCAAUACCCCACCCGCGAAGAGGUGCUGGAGAGUUAUCGAAACCUGGUCGCGUCGGGCUUCUUCGACGCUCAUGCAAUCCGUGGUGGACGACAUCCUAUGCCGCAGUCGACGUCGACUGGGACGAGUGUACCUGCUCCAGCGAUGACUGAAACCAAGUCGUUUGCAGACCGCCUGGCUGCUCAACGGCAGCAAUAUCAAGAACAGAUGCUGAACGAUGUGGACAUGACUGACGAUAUCCCAUUCCCGUUUUCACUACUACCUCGCCCUUCGUCGAGCGCCACAUCAAAAUCGACCUCGCCAUCACGAUCGGCAAAACGGCUGGCAUCUCGUGAACUUCCUCCCAUGGACACCGAGGGUGCUGCGCGCAAGCUUGUCAAGAAGCUACGCCGCUCUGCCUCUCGUCUGUCGCUAGAUCUAACUGCCCUCUCGAGCCAGCAACAGCAACAGCAACAGCAACAACAACUACAACGACAAGAGCAGCAGCAGCAGCAGCAGCAUCGUGCGCAAUACACUUCCUGCACCUACCAUAGCGGUCGGCCGCGGGCGUCAACCUCUUCUUAUCCCCGCUCGCCCAUCUCCCCGACCUUCUCGGCCUUCGGUGGCCGUGCGCCGUCCAUAAUGACUGCUGCCACGGAGGACUCUCUCCCUACUAUCAUAACUACUACAUCGACGACUACCUUCAAAAAUAAACUGUUCAAGCACCGCGGCAUUUGGAGCCUGGGACGACGCCAGCGCGAGCCCACGCCCGCAGUCGAGCCUUACCAACCACAAGAUGCGGAGGACGUCAUGAUGAUCGAUCCCCCACGUAUUCCAGAACCUCCGCCAGUCCCCAUGUUGCAUGCGCCGUCGCCAGAACGCCGCGGCCGCCGCAAAGUUACCCCUCCUCCUCUGUCAUUCCUCACAUCCCGCAGCCACAGCCAGGGUAGCUCUUUCUACGAACGCAUCCAGCAACAACAACAACAGCAGCAGCAGCAGCAGCAGCAACCAGGGGAUCAGGAGAUCCACAAAACGCUGAGCAUCGUGCCGGAUCCGAAUCACGGCAUCUCUCAUGUGCCGCGCAUUCCUCCCUCGUUUUGCAACGACGUUUCUGCUUCGGAGUUUGGCAGGAGCGUGGGGAGCGAAGACUCGGCAACGAUGAUGGCGACGGCUACAAAGUCCUAUAGUGUUACGCACCGGCGAAACCACAGCGGGAACAACCGCGACUCGGGUUUGGGCGACGAUCUUGAGAACAUCCCCGUUAGUGUUUGGGGGUAA